AUGGCUAGUGGUAACAGAGAUGAUUUACGUUUCGUCAACAAGUUUCUGGAAUCGCAUAAAGCUCCAGUCCUAGAAACUCUGUAUCUCACUAUACUCACAACUUAUAAUAAUCCUGUUCCUCAAGUAGAGAUUGAGAAAUGGAUUAGGGUUGCAAUCUCUCGGAGUGUGCGUGAUCUUAGACUUCCCCAAUCUCAACGAGGUUCACGGAGCCCUUGCCCUGUCCUUGAAGAACUUUUUAUGUAUGGAUCUUGGGAUCAUGGCGGUGUGAAGACUAUCACCAUUGAGGUUCCAUGGUUGCAGAGACUAGUUAUCUCUGAAACUAGCGAUUGUGAUCGAAAUUGGUUUAUGGUCAACACUCCUUCUUUGAAAUCAUUAAAAACUUACAUGCGCAAUAGUCAGUUUUGGCCAUUAGUGAAAAUGCCUGAGCUGGUGAAAGCAGAAAUCGACGUUAAACAUAGUGAUCCUGAGAAGCUUCUGAGUUGUUUAACCUCAGCUAAACACCUUACUUUAUGUUUAAACUCACAAAUGGAUUACAAUCCUCCAUACGACUUCAAUCAGCUGGUGUCGCUUGAGUUAUGUACGAGAUGCACUUCAUAUUGGUUGAUUCAUAUACUCAGACAUUCCCCUAACCUGAGAACUCUUAGGUUCAGACAAUUUUACUGCAGCAAUACAAGAAAUUUCCUGAUCAAAUGGGAGCAACCGAGUUUUGUUCCUAAAUGUUUGAUUUCGAGUCUCGAAACUGUUGAGUGGAUUGAGUCCAGAGGAACAGAAGAAGAGAAAGAAGCUGCUAUCUACUUAUUAGGGAAUGCAAGCUAUCUAAACAAGAUGACUUUUAAGUCCACUUUGAAAGAGAAAAAUCGUUUGCUAAUGGAGUUUGAGUCCAAGCCGAGGAGUUCUAGCAAAUGUCUCAUUUCAAUCAUUUGA